AUGAGCACUCAGGCCAUCGGUGAUGUCCGCACGGAGGGCAAACGCACAUACGCUAUCGUUGUGUGCAUUUUCGCUGCUCUUGGUGGUCUCUUCUUCGGAUAUGAUCAGGGUGUGACCUCGGGCGUGCUCAUCAUGGACUCCUUCAUCAACGACUACUGCGUCGGCUGGCACAAUUUUACGUACGACCAAUGCACGUCCGCAACGUCCCAGCUGCCAGCAGAGUGGACGGACUUCACGGUGGCUAUGGCAGACAAACUGGGACGUCGGUGGACCAUCUUCACGGCCGGUCUGCUCUUCUGUAUUGGCACGUCUUGGGUGUCCUUCAACAAAGCGCAGGCACAUGAGCUUAUGUACAUUGCUCGCGUGAUUCAGGGCUUAGGUGUGGGCAACUCGUCGUUCUCGCUGCCGCUGUUCGGCGCUGAAAUGGCCCCCAAGGAACUUCGCGGCUUGCUCUCGGGUUUCAUGCAGAUGACCGUCGUGACGGGACUUUUCAUGGCCAACGUUGUCAACAUUAUCGUGGAGCACCGUGACCACGGUUGGCGUACGUCCAACGGUGUGGCCAUGGUCGCUCCUCGUAUUGUUAUGCUCGGCAUCUUCUUCGUACCGGAGAGUCCUCGCUGGACGUACCUGCACAAGGGUAAGGAGGAGGCGGAGAAGGUCCUGAAACGUAUCCGAAUGACAGACCACGUCACUCACGAACUCCAGGCCAUCGGUGACCAAGUUGAAGAAGAGCAAGCCGCAAACAGAGGGCUCACGGAGCUGUUCGAGCCGUCCAUUCGUAAGCGUGUGGUCAUUGCCGUACUACUCCAAGUUCUGCAGCAGGCCACAGGUAUUAACCCCAUCAUGAGCUAUGGCGGUCUCAUUUUUCAGGACAUCACCAAAACUGGUAUCUACUCGGCCUUCUUUCUUUCCGGUGUCAACCUCAGUAGUACAAUCCCGGCUAUGCGUUGGGUGGAUACUACUGGACGCCGUAAGCUACUAUUGAUUGGCGCUGUCGGUAUGGUAGUCGGCCACUUAUUCGCUGCUAUUUUGUUCACCGGAAUCUGUGACGGCAACGCGAACGACGCUGGAUGCCCGAGCGUGGGUGGAUGGUUCAUUUGCAUCGGCACGGCAUUCUUCGUCUUUAAUUUUGCCAUCUCCUGGGGCCCUGUGAGCUGGAUCUACCCCGCCGAAAUUUUCCCAUUGAGGGUGCGUGCCAGUAGUGUGACACUAUCCACAGCUGCCAACUGGGCCAUGGGUGCUGUCAUGACGGAGGUGGUUAAACUAUUUCCACAUUUAAACAUCAACGGCGUCUUCUUCCUCUUUGCGGGUCUGUGUUGCAUCUGUGGCGUAUUCGUAUUUUUAUUUUGCCCGGGAACCAAAGGCUUGCUGCUCGAAGACAUCGAGGUGCUCUUCGGCAAGAACAAAGCCAAGUCGCCCCACUUCGUGGAGGCCAAGUCCCCAAUGGCACAUGCGUAA